CCGAUCCGCUCGGGGCGCAUGCGUGCGGCCACGUCUGCCCACCUGCUGGGUCCCGCCGUUGCCUGCGUCUGUGCGGAGUGGGGUUUCUCCUCUGUGGCCGGGAUCUUGCUAAGGCAGCGCUCGCUGGCGGACAACGGAGGAAGGGGAGGACAAUGUGCGAGCCUAGCAAGCAGGACAUCAGCGCCAUUUUCAAGCGACUCCGCGCCGUUCCGACCAACAAGGCCUGCUUUGACUGUGGAGUAAAAAACCCAAGCUGGGCAAGCAUAACGUAUGGUGUGUUCCUGUGCAUUGAUUGCUCAGGGACCCAUCGAUCCCUUGGGGUCCACCUGAGUUUUAUUAGGUCUACAGAAUUGGAUUCUAACUGGUCAUGGUUUCAGUUGAGGUGUAUGCAAGUUGGAGGAAAUGCUAACGCUUCUGCAUUUUUCCAUCAGCAUGGUUGCACAACAAAUGACUCUAAUGCCAAGUACAGCAGUCGUGCUGCUCAACUUUACAAGGAAAAGAUUAAAUAUCUUGCAGCGCAAGCAACACGGAAACAUGGUACCAAUUUGUGGCUAAACAGCUGUGAAGCCCCUCCUCUGUCACCUCAAGAAGAAGAAGAUGACUUCUUUGCAUCACAUGUUUCUUCUCAGGUUAUUAGUACCCAGUGGUUAUCAUCUCAAUCAGAGACAAUUAAUCUAAAUCAGUGUUCUUCAGAACUCAAAAAAGAAGAACCUGAACAUGGACCAAGUGUUGAUUGUCUUAGUGUGUCUCCACAAGCUUCAUUAGACAUUGGCUCCAUGAUAAAGAAAAAACCAAAUCAAAUGAAAAAGGGGUUUGGGGCCAAGAAAGGUGGUUUGAGGGCCCAGAAAAUGAGCAGCAAGAGUUUUAAUGAGAUUGAAAAACAAGCACAAGCAGUGGAUAAAAUGAACGAACAGGAAGAUGCACACGCCAACAUUAGAAGUGUGAGAGAAGAGCCACUUGUGUCGUCUUUACGACUGGCCUACAAAGAUCUUGAAAUUCAGAUGAAAGAAGAUAAAUUGAAUAUGACUGGUAAAAAGAAAACAGAAGCAGAAAGACUUGGCAUGGGAUUUAGUAGCAAUCGAAGUGGCAUAUCCCAUUCAGUAAUCUCAGAUAUGCAAAUCAUAGAACAAGAAACACCUACAGUUUCAAAGCCAAGGAAAAAAUACAAUGAUGAGGACUCUUAUUUUUCUUCUCCCCGUUCAAGGUAUUUUGACUCAGAAGAACAGAGAAGCAGCCCUUUUUCUAAAUGGGACAACACUUCUGAUUCUUACUGGACAAAAGAAAGCAGCAACAGAUAUGUGGAUACCACUCCGUCUUUUAAAACUGUGGGGUAUUUAGACAGGCCUCCCUCUCGCCAUAAACCUGAGUAUGAACUUUCUGCAAGCACCGAUGAGGCUCAGAAGAAAUUUGGCAACGUUAAAGCCAUUUCAUCAGAUAUGUAUUUUGGAAAGCAAGAUCAUGCUGAAUAUGAAGCUAGAGCUCGGUUAGAGAGGUUUUCUGGAAGCUCAGCGAUAAGUUCAGCAGACUUGUUUGAAGAGCAGAAGAAACAGCCAUCAGGAAAUUACACCAUUUCAAAUGUCCUGCCGUCUACUCCUGAUCUGGCUCAGUUUAAACAAGGAGUGAAAUCAGUUGCUGGAAAACUUUCUGUCUUGGCCAAUGGAGUCAUGUCCUCUAUUCAGGAUCGAUACGGAUCUUAGCCAUCUAUGUUCUACAAAUUGUGAACAUACAAGAAGACAUAAUAUAUGUCUGCUGGUGGUAAUACUGCAGAUCUUAAAAUAAGGCUGCCCUAAAUCUGUAGACUAUUUUAUUCUGAUUGAUUUGGCACCAGUAGUUUUAUUGCAUGUCCUUCUAGCUCCUAGAACACUUUACUUUAAUGUAAUAAUUUGUUGUUACUCCUACUUUUCUUUAUUUUCACAGCCCAUGUGCUUAUUGUGCUAUUAACUGUGUGUUUGUCACUCUUUCUGUCUCUCCCCUGCCUGCCCCCUUGUGAACAUGAGGCUGGAGCAGGCGGCAAAGAUAUGAUGUAUGCUGUUAGAUCUUACACAUAGUAGGGCUAGACGCUAGCAAUAAAUUCCUGUUGAUAAGCUUUAGUUUCCUCUUAGAAGGAGCUGAUAAUAAGUCCUGCUUGCAUGAUUGGGAGCCUCCCUUGGGCUUGUGCCCUCCUACAUUUGUUAUGUAGGUACAAAAGAUCGUGCGGGUAAUGGCAUGCAGAAUCUCCCUUUACCUAGGUGUUGAUCUUGCCGGGGUAAGGGGAAAGCCCAUAGAAAUAGCACAGCUGAGGAAUCUCCCAGUUUAGACAGUGCUUUGUAGGGACUGGGAAGGGGGGAGAUGUACCAUCCAAAGAAGUAAGCAGAAGAAGGACAUCUUAACAGGCCCAGGGAGGAACUACAAACUAGCACAGAAUUAAGCAUUUCUUAAUUUCAGAAGAAAUUUCAGUCGCUCAGGUGUGUUGACAGUUUUAAAGAUGGA